CUCUACUUCGGUUAUGCCAAGUCUUGGUGGAAGUUCAGGAACGAGCCCAACGUGCUGCUCAUGCACUACAACGACAUGAGGAAGGACUUGCGCGGGGGAGUGAAAAAGAUAGCUAAGUUUGUUGACGUGGAGCUCAACGAGGAGGAGCUGGAUCGAGUGACAGAGAAGUGUGGCUUUGAUCACAUGAAGAAGAUUCAAGACAAGUUCAAUUACCUGCUAUGGGGAAAUGAUCAGUUCAAGAGUCAGGUCAUGUGUGGCACGCAUUACUGCAGGUCGGACAAGGAAGGCUCAGUGAUCCAGAAAGGAAAGGUGGGCAGUGGCAAGAACUUCUUCACG